AUGUUGAAACUCCGUCAAAAAGCCCUUCAGUUUCUUAAAGUCAGAGUUGGUCGUGGGGAUUCCACUUUCUUCUGGUGGGAUCCUUGGACACCAUUUGGUCCUCUCCAUGCUUUCUUAGGUGAAGAUGGGCCAUCAAGAUUAGGCAUUCCGACUUCUGCAACGGUUUCAGAUAUUUGGAAUGGCUCGGGAUGGACUUUACCUCAUGCUCGCUCUGAACGACAAGUCUUACUAUAUUCUUAUCUUCUUUCUUAUGGCUGUUCUCCUUCUGCGGAUACGCAUAUCUGGUCUAUUAGUGGAUCCCCGCAAAGGUCUUUCUCUCUCAAGGCGGUCUGGAAUGAGAUUCGUCCCAAAAAACCGGAGGUGAAUUGGGCUCCUUUGCUAUGGCACAAAGCUGGUCUGCCUCGUCAUCAGACUAUUACUUGGUUGUUUCUUCUAAAUAGGAGUCCCACUUUGGAUCGUAUGUCUGCAUGGGGUUAUGAUUCGGACGGAACCUGCUUGCUUUGCGGUAUCGAGUUGGAGACUAGAGAUCAUUUGUUUUUUGAAUGUUCCUUCUCGGCUUCAGUAUGGAGAAGGCUCAUGUUCUGUCUGAAUCUCCAUAACGUGCCUGGUCAUUGGGCUCAAUUACUAGAUUGGCUUACUUCUGCUUCUCUUGAUACCACGAAGAAGCUUGCUCUUCUUCAAGACUGGCAAGGAGCGGUUUACGAGUUAUGGAAAGAAAGAAAUAGACUCCAUGAUGGAGUUACUUUCCCUUAUGGGAAAAUUUUCAGUCUUAUUCUCAGUUCCGUUAGAGAUAAAUGCCGGGCUAUGUCGAUGUUCGGUUCUUCUCAUGGAGACUCAAUGCUCCAGCACUAG